UCAAAGUAUUUCUCUAACCUAGAGAAGAAGGAAACAACUGUCGCAUCAAUGAAUUGAAGGAAUAGGCCGAAGCUACCACAACCGUUCACUGUCACCAUCGUUCACCACGAUCAUGGAUUCCGCCGCCGUCUCCGACGGUGCUCCGAUGGAUAAAGGAAACACGUCGUCCGAUUCAAAGGUUAGUAGAAACUAUAUUAACGAUGAUCUUGCCUUUUAUGUUCUUUCAAAACUUGGCAUUAAAUCAUUGAAGCGCUUUGGAUGCGUACGCAAAUCAUGGUCCAUUUUAUUUGAUAACUCUCAUUUCAUGACCAUGUUCCGCAACCAUUUCAUUUCGCAUCACGGUUCUGAUUACGAUCAUACAUUUCUCCUGAUAAAACAUCUCGAAUUGCCUGUCACACCUGAUUAUCGUUACCACGAUGAAGUGCAUUUUCUCGAGAACAGACUCAAAUUAAAGUUACCACCUCCAUUUGAAGAGGAUGACGGUGAUCUUAGUAUUGUCGGCCGCACAAGUGUUAACGGCAUUUUUUGUAUCGGGCAAGAAGAGGUAAGAAAGAAAAAAGCCCGGUAUGUAUUGUGGAAUCCGGCUACGGAAGAAUUUGUCGUCAUUCCUCCUAGUCCAGAGGAGUCUCUAUCAGAAAACCCUAACAUGGAUGUGUCUCAUGACUUUCAUGGAUUUGGUUAUGAUCAAGUUGGAAAUGACUUUAAGGUCCUUCAGUAUGUAUCGUUUGAACGCUUUGACCGUCGUUCUCGGCAACUAAGACUGUGUGAGAUAUAUAGUUUAAAAACUAACUCUUGGAGGAUAGCGGACAUGGAUUUCUCUCAAUGGUUUUUUGAUAAUGCAUUUACUGCUAAGGAAGUGUACAUGGAUGGUGCAUGUCAUUGGUUGGUUUUUUGUGGUAAUACCGAAUCAUGCCUAGUGUCAUUUGACUUUAGUGAUGAAGUGUUUUUUACAACAGCCAUUGAUGGAAUAUUAAAUUAUUAUAAAUACUUGGUUGUGUUAAAUGGAUCCAUUGCUAUAAUCUCACAUCGGGAUGAUUGUCUUAUUUAUGAUAUAUCAAUUCUGGGUCAACUUUGUGUGAAGGAAUCAUGGAUAAAACUAUUAAGUUUUAGUGCCAUACCUUCUAUUGAUGGGUCCCUAUGCCCAAUUGGAAUUGGGAAGAUGGGGUAUGUUUUUUUUAGAAAAGAAGACGAUGAAUUAAUCCGAAUUGAUGUGAACACCCAAAAAAUUGAAGAGAUUGGUGUUAAAGGAGAUCAAUCUUGUUGCAGGAUAGGAAUUUACAAGAAAAGUUUUUUUCGAUUGGAGGAUAUAAGGAACUAGUUUUUUUCGUCUUGUUUUCACCUGAAGGCAUAUGACUAUGGUUAUUAUGAUUUUUAUCAAUUUUACUUUAAAGAUUUAUUUAUUUAUUUAUUUAUUUGCAAAUUAUUUGUGUUUUUAUGAUAUUUGUAAGAAUGCUGUCUUUUCUUAAAUGAACGUGCUCUCCAAUUUUACUCUUGAA